GACGGUUCCGACCACCGGUCCUGCUGCGCGAACUGGGGCGUGCCGAGACGGUGCCUGGACUGGUGCCGCGGGGAACCCCUGCUCAACGGCAAGCUGUGUGUGCUGUCCUACACCAAGCAGAUCAUGAACUGCUUCCACGAGAACAGAGACAAGCUGCCCGGACCGCCGCAGAACGUCCGCGUCGAGCCCAUCGACUCCCAGUCCGUGCGCGUCAAGUGGGACCCGCCCGUCAAGAACCCCCACACCGUGCAGGUGUACAGGGUGUUCUACCGGCAGAUCGGCAGCAAGCCCCUCAAGAACGAUACGAACGGCACGUCUGUCAUCCUGGUUGGUCUAAAAGAGAACGCCGAGUACGAGUGUGUGGUGAAAGCGGGCAACCACAUGGGCACCUCCACACUCACCGAGCCCAUCGUGUUCAGCACCUCCACCGACAAGUACAUCACGUCGUCGACUAGCAUCGGGGACGACUCCUCGCACGUCGGUGUCGCCGUGGGCGUGGUCAUGGCCCUGCUCAUCGUGCUGGCGGUGGUCGCGGGGGCCGUGUGGUUCCUGCGUUCCAGACACCUCCUGGGCCGCAAGCACCCCGGGGGUGUUGCCUUCGAGAACCCAUCGUACCUGCGCGAGGUCAACAUGGACCACAUUCAGGUACCCCAGGGUCAGCCUGGCGAGAACCCUCUUGCGACGGUGCUGAACGGGGCCGCGAACGGCAGCGCCCUUUCGACGCUGUCCGGGGCCGCGAACGGCAACGGCCUGGCGGGGGCGUCGGCGGGGCACGGCGCGGGCUGGAAGCACGAGAGCCUCCACGUGCCCGCCCAGCAGCAGGAGGUGGCACCCUCUCUGUACGAAGAGCUCAAGCUCGGCCAGGACGGCGCGGGAUUCAAAAAGCUAAAGCCCUAGUAUCAGGUGGACCUCUUGGAGUCACCUAUGUAGGCCACCCGCUGCGGUCCUACGGCGAUAGUGCCCCAAGUGCUCCAAGCUAGCGCACUUCGGUGACCGUCGUGCUGCUCCGACAACCCAGUUUGUGUUAUUUGGACUUCUCAUCCUUCUUGCCUCAGGUUCAUUUGUUGUGACAUUGGAUUGACCUGCAGUCGUUUUCCGGCCUGAGUCCCUUUUAAUGACUUAUGUUUUUGUCGUUGGUAAAUUUAGACUUUAUUUACAUCAAGGUGAAGUUAUUGAUUUUCAGUGUGAUAUAACUUUUAAGGUGACCCCAUCUAUUAAUAAUAGGGUCAUGUAUCAUUGGGCCUUUUGGGAGUAUCAUGUAGUGUGUUGUAUAUUUCUAUGAAGCCCCGUGGGACUUAAUGUUACUCGAGAUUAAUUCAUUGUGAUCAUCGAGCUGUGUUGAGUGCCUAUAAUAUAGUAAGGAAUUCCCGUACGCAUGUGUGUAUGAAUGAAAGUAUGAUAUGUAUGUAUGUAAAUAUUGAUUGACUGGACAAUACGUAUGACGUAGUAGUAGAAAAAUGUUAAUGUUAUAAUAAUUCUAUAAGUUUCCUUUUUUUUUAUUGUUGGGAAAGCCUUAUCUAAUGAAGUUACUGUAAUAUACAUAAAUCAUCUACGUAAAAUGUUAGGGCAUUAUUUGUUUGACACUGUUUUUCUGUAUGUAAAAGAAGAAGGUGCUUUCCAGUUAAGUAGUGAUUCUCUUUAGAAUGACUUUUGGAUAACAUUAUUCAAAACACAUAAUUUUGUUACAAUUUUUGGACAAAGUUUAUUGUGGAGCGGCGUGGGAGAUUUUAAAGUAAAUGAAAAGAUGAAGUUAGUUAGAUGCAUCUUCUUGAAAACAGUUUUUAAGUUUUAGCCUGCCCUUCUGCAUUGUAAAAGCUAUAAAGUGGGCCUAUUUGUUUGAAGCAUCAGGGUGAAAGCUGGAGAAGCAAGGUAGGAGUACUAGUCUUUUUUAAGUUUAGUAUCUACAGUAAGGUAAGACGUUAGUUGAAUAAAAGCAAUGCUUCGGCAGUUAAAGACUUUGACCAGCUCUUUUGAGAAUACAAAGAAACAUUCACUGAUACUUCAUAUUAAUAAAUUGUUUUGUUAUCUUUUCUGAUUUUAAAUUGCAGCCCAUUGUGAAAAUAUUUUUGAGCUAUAGUGUACCAAAAUGGUUUUAUAGUAAAGUGGUCACAAUUUUGAAGAUUACUGUUUUGGUAUAGCAUUUAUACAGGGUGAUCAUUACUCAGUUAGAAAAAAGAUGAAAGACAAAUGCAAGUUUAAGCUUUGUAAAUACACACUCUGAAAAAAUGCUCAGUUUUCUUUGAGUGGUGGUUUGCUUUUUAAGAAACAGAUUGAGGCUAUAUGUGAAAGUGUGUGCGUAUGUUUAGCAGCAAGAUGAGAUCGUAAGAAAUGCAUUUCAGAUCAUGGCUAAUUAUACCGAGAAAAAAUUAGAGUAUGUAUGUAAUGGUACAAUGUGAGUGUGGAUAUGGAAAUGUAUAAUAUUUGUAUGACAGUAAUUGGCCCACAUCAGGAAAAAUUAUCUAGUUCAAAAUAGAUAAGAUGAAAGAUAAGUGUGAUUUAAUUUUAGGAAAUGUCAGCGGAGCAUAUGAUUCUAUGCUAUGAAGCAGAGUUUUAGAAAUUCUGCGUUAGUUCUGGAAAAAGAUGAGUACUCUCAAGGGAGUGUGCAUACUUCAUAUGAAUGAUUGUAUGAAAAUUAUCAUAGAUAGCAUGAUAUGCUUUUUCAUUUCAUAAUUUCAUGGUUCAUGAGUUUGAGAAGAUUUGGUACAGAAGAACCAUGUAAAUAAUAAUCAGUAUCUAUGUGAAUCAGUCACAACCAUAUCAAUUUUUCUAAAGAGGAGGUUUUGUUGCUGUAUAUAAGUAAGCUUGAUUAAUUUUCAUGUGUUGCUCUUAGAAAGUUGUGACAAACCAUAAAAAGAAAAUGUGAAGCCGUCCAGUUGAAUUAGAGUUAGUUGGGACCAAUUCACAAAGUGAAGUGAAUUCUGUUGAGAAGAGGAUUAAUAAUUUUUGGUAUUUUUGACAAGUGAAAAUACUGUCAUUGUUUUUCCUGCUCUUUCCCUGCUUCAUUUUUAUUGUUGUAAGUUUUAUUUCAGACAUAUCAUAAAAUAGAAUUGUAAUGUUAUCAAGAGAUGCUAUCAUGUUCUAUCAUGUACAUACCAAAUGGUGAGCUGUGGACAGUGUACCACAGUACUACUUGCCUCACUCAUGUUCCUGAACUCUCAUCCAGAGCAAAAAUUGCCUUUUUUUCAGUAAAGCCCACUUAAAGUUUUGCUUAAUUUUUGAGUGAUGUACAUAAGCAUGGUUUCAUUUCAAAUGAUUACAUGCAAAUACUGUAUGUAAUUUUAUUUUUGAACUGUACACUUAAUUUUGGCUCUGAACUAGGUUUUGUGAAAGUCUUUUAGUUAGUAAUACUAAUGCUAACAUUGCCAAUAUGUUAAAGUCUAGUCCAGUCUGAUGCAUUUGGUCCACUCAUAUGGACUAAAGCAAACAUUCUUUUCUCUGGGUUAAUCUUCCAGCCUUCACCCUACAAAGGAAAGUUGAUGUUGUAACAGCUUUUGUUUGAGCUCAAGUUUAGUGUUAGUGUGUCUUUGAUAGCAAUGUCACUCAUUUACCAAGAGAGUUGCAUUCCCCUCAAAACGUGCAACCAUUCAUAGGCAUGUUUGUAUGGGCUGCUGAGGAACCAUAACGUAAGUUAACUCUAAUUGUGUAUGAGGCACCAGGUCACAUCGUAAACACUCAUUUCUACACGAAAUAAGAAAUAAAACUGUUUGGGAAGGAAUGUCAUUAAAGGAAAAGAGUUGACUGAACAUUUAAAUUGAACAGUGUAUAAUCUUUGGGUCAUAAUCUCAUAGAAAGGAAAAAAUGGUUCAAAUAAAACUAUUUCUGCAUCAAAA